CUUGUCAGCUCUGAGUGUUGUUACAGAAUUGGAAUGGAGAAAGCACUGACAACAGUAGUGAGCUUGAAAUCAAGUACAUUCUGGGUUUCGAAGAAAGCCAAACAAGAGAUCUCUAAUAUCUCUAAUGACCUAUCCAAUCUGUCGAACACUGUUGAAGAAAAGGCAAAAUGGAUUUUCAACAAGUUAAAAGGCAAACCUACAAAAUCUUUGCCGGAUCUCUUACGAGAAUACAACCUGUCUUCUGGUCUUUUUCCCCAAAACAUAACAUGCUAUGAAUUCGAUGAGUCAAAUGCAAAGCUCAUUGUCUACCUACCAUCAGCCUGUGAGGUCUGCUUCAAGGAUUCAUCUGUUAUGAGAUAUGCUACUCGCGUUAAGGGAACUCUGUCAAGGGGAAAGCUCACUGGAGUAGAUGGAAUGAAGACCAAGGUGUUGGUAUGGGUCAAAGUCACGAGUAUCAACGUUGAGAGCUACAAGUCUGAUAAGGUGUGGUUCAAUGCUGGAGUGAAGAAAUCAAGGUCAAAAGUUGCAUAUGAAAUGCCUUGUGAUGCUGUUAAAGUUGAAGAGUUUUGAGGCUUCGACUAAGAGCAAAAAAGUAAAAAUUUCAAAAGAGAAUAAUGGUCCUUAAUUCACUGGUAUAUUCAUUUUAUAGAGAAAACAAUGUGCAUGUUCAUAUAUAUAUAUAUCUAUCUGCUAGAGAUUUUAGCCCUCUCGUUAAUUGCUUGUGCAUUGUGAUUCUUUGUUUACAUCCAAUUUAUUAGAUCAUUAGUCGAUGGGUAUUAUUGGACACAAUUGUUUUGCCAUUGGUAUAAUUUCAUCUUGCCCAAAAGUGAAAAUGAAAAUUUUAAAUUUUUGUU